CUAGUCAGUCUUCACCUCAACGCUUGAAAAAAUUAAUUUCAAAUGGAUAAAAGCGAUGUUGACAGGAGCCAUCGUUACAUGGUCUUGGGUUUGUUUCUUCUUUGGCAAUGCCGGAGCCGAUAACAGCUGCAGUGCUGGAUGGUUCGGUAACUAUUGUCAGUACAAAUGCCGUUGUAAGAACUCGACCUGUGACACUAAUGGUGACUGUGUGGGUACCACGCCUUGUGAGAGAGGAUGGUUCGGUUACAAAUGUCAGUAUCAGGAUCUAAGUUCUUUAGCAGACACAUCCCAACAAAGACUUAUUGAUGGUAAUGACUCAACAUGUAAUGAGGACCUCAAUGUGACGAGCGUCUCCUUCAAUCUGAAAACACCUUUCCUUUUCAGUUGGAUGAGAUUAGUUUUUCGUUUAAAAGAGCCACUGAAAAAAUUGACGAUAGAAUUCAAAACGAUGAAUGACACCAGAAAAUAACAAGAUCCAAGAAUUUUGCAAGGCAGCGAUACCACAUUUGAUAUUUAUUGCACUAUAAGUGUGAAGAUACAAGUAAUUAAUAUCACAGGAGACAGUACGAAAUAUUUGUGCUCUGUCUAUCUCAGUGGAGGACGUAAUGUUGCAAUUAGACAACCGACACAACAAUCGUCAAACUAUAAAGAUAUUCACGGAGUUCCAACUGGAUCAGAGAAUGCGGUAGAUGGAAAUGCAGAUCGUAAUUACGACGAUGGCAGUUGUGCUCACACCGACGCUGGCGAUAUAUACCAAACAUGGAGUGUUAGAUUUAAUACAUCGUUUGUAGUCAAUAAAUUUGUCUUAUACAACAGAGAUUUUCCAACAGCUUCUGAUGUUCCUCGACGGCUUCAACAUUUUAUACUUUUGGCUCUUAGCGAAAUUAAGCAUCUCGAGAUGCAAUACCAAGACCAGGAGGCCCAAGUCUUACAAGUCUACACAGUGAAUGAAUAUAUAACAAAUCCAAUCUCUCAAGUGAAUAUUUCUACCGGCAAUAAAACAGACAACUAUCUCACUCUGUGUGAGGUGGAGAUAUAUGGAGAUUGCCCAGAAGGUAAACAUGAUUUAGAUUGUAAUCAAACUUGUGACGCCAAAUGUGGACACCACUGUAGCACAUAUGAUGGUUCUUGCAAUUAUAUAUGCCUAGGUUUCAGCAACCCACCUGAGUGUAAUAAAAGUUGUCCUAGUGCCGUGUGGGGAGUAAAUUGUACACUAGCAUGUAACACGCUUUGUAAAAACUCAAGCUGUAACAAAGUUACUGGACAAUGUAACAAUGGAUGUUCAGCUGGUUAUCGAGGUCUGUGGUGCAACGAAGAAUGUCCAGAAGGUCAAUGGGGAGAUGACUGUAGCAACAACUGUUCGUCAAACUGCUGGACUCAAGUAUGUAAUAAACAGUCUGGACUUUGUGAGUCUGGAUGUCAUGGAUUCAGCAAUCCGCCUGAUUGUACACAAGACUGUCCUGAUGGUUCUUGGGGUCUGAAUUGUCACUCCAAAUGUAGUACUCAGUGUAUCAAUCAAAUCUGUCAAAGUGUUACUGGUCACUGUAUGUUUAAUUGUACAGAAGGAUGUAAUUAUCUAACGUAUAGUGAAGUAAAAGAAACUGGAAAAAAUGAAAUGACAUUUGGAGCUGGAAUGGGAAUUGGAUUUGUAUUAGGUGUCGUUGUCAUAGCAACACUAGAGGUUAUCAUGUUGAUCAUUUAUAGAGUCCGAAAGAAAAGUGCAGCAACAAGUCACGAAAACAAAGAUUUAAGCAAUGAUAAACUGCAAGCUUAUGACGGCGUGAAUGAAAUGAAUGUGUAUACACAUUCGUAUGAGACCACGUGUUCACCAGAAUUGAAGGGAGAUAAUAGGAAUGACUCUUCACAGCAGACGUCAGAGUACAGUAACCUCCAAUCACCUGUUUAUGAGACUUUUUAGUAUAUAAAGAGAUUUGUUUCGUUAUCACGUCUUGUUCUAAAUACUGUGAAUCAUAUUUUUAAAAGCAAUAUAAAUACAAUAUAAAAUUGUUGAUCCAUGCCACUCAUUUAUUCAUUCACUCAUAGUAUGUAAUGACUAAAUCUCCCCAAAAAAUAUGAUAUGGAAAAUGUAGAAACAUAGACAUAUCUUCUAUUCUAUAUUAAAAACUCGAAGUCUAAAAAAAUAAUCUUACAGUAAAUAUAAGUGUGUACACUAGGCACCAGGAUGUGUACGUAAUUUGGGUGUGGGAGAUAUGUUAUUCUAAAUAUGGGACCGCCCUAAAUCUAGAAAGGGGGCGCUCGGCUUCUAAACCUGAGGACCUGGGCUCGAAUCUCGAUGAAGACUGUGAUUUUGAAUGUCGGAUUAUUAGAGCGUCCCUGAGUCCACCCAACUUAAAUGGAUACCUGACUUUAGUAUGGGAAAGUAAAGGUGGUUGGUCGUUAUUCUGGCCACAUGACACCCUGCUUGUUAACUGUUGGUCAUAGAAAACAGAUGAACCCAUCAUCUGCCCCAUAGAUCGCAGGGUCUGAAAAGGGAAACCUUACUUUGUAUUAGAUCUAGAUAGAUGACUGAUAAAAUCAAAAUAUAUAUGUAACUUAUUUGUGUAUGCAAUAUAUGUACUUAUUGUCCUUAUGUUUUCAUCAACGUCUGAUAACACAUGUAAAUAUAUACAUUUAUAAA